AUGUCACCAGAAGCUCGGCAUCAACUUUGCCAGGAGCAAGUGACUCUCACCCAAGCCUCUGACAAUCUUUCUCGUCCUCGUUACCCGCAGUCGCCAGUGCCGCUCCCCGCAAUAUACAUCAAGGCGAUCGAGCGCUGGAAUGCGGACAAGAGCUUCCAGGCCCGCGUGGAGUCGGUCUCUCUCAGCUCUUCGUCGGCAAUGUCGCCCUCGGCCUCCAAGGACACCAAGGUGAAGUUUUCUUCUCCUUCCGCUGCCACGGUCCUCGGCACUGGCAAGACGACCGGCUCUGGAAUCAUCAAGAGGAAGAAAAAAGACAAGAAAGAGAAGGUCAAGGCGUCCAAGGAGCCCAAGAACACCAACGACUCCAAGGAAUCACAAGAGGUUUCCAACACCGUCGUCAAGCUCGAGGGUCCGCAGAACAUUGACAAAUGGCACGCGUCUCUCAAGGCCACUCUCGGUCCUCUCCAUCACUUUGUGACUCGGCAGUUCGAGGAGCUCGUGAGGCCCCCGGCGGAGGACGUGGCAGCUCGUCGCCAGUGGGAUGCCGACAAGAAAUCGGCCGGGAAAACCCUCAAGUCCUCGCUCGAGAAAGUCAAGAACCUACUGAAAGACAGGCUCGAAAAGUCUGUGCGAGACCGGAACGAUCCCUACAAGUACUACAGUGCCGUAAUGCAGGCCAUGCGGGCCGAGGCGGACCGCAGCAACUUCACCUCGACGCUCGUCGAGCAGGUGUGCGACCUGAAGGUUGCCGACUUUGACAACCUCGCCGCCUAUCAACGCCACACUCAGGAGCUCCGCUGCAAGCUGGCGCUGCUGGGCGCCUACCCCGGCGACCGCUUCAUGGUCCUCGCCGCCGUCAACGGUCUGGGCACCACCAGCCUGACAGAGGGCAUGCUGCGGGUGCUCAUCGCGCCGCCGGCCAAGAGCGAUGGGGUCAAGGACCCUUCUGCCAUGAGCUCCAUUCCCGAGUAGGGCUCGUGGGACGGUCUCAUGCAGCUUUUGUCUACUGCCGCCACCGCCGGCGAGCUCGAGUGGCGACAUAGUCAGGGUGGUGCUGUCGUCAAGAAGGCCGCGCCCGCAGGCGACGUCUAGCUUCGCCGGAACGGCCCGCAAUUGAAACGGAUGCCCAUAAGCAUUUGCGGGUUAGGUUCCCUCUAUCAAGAUGGAAGGCCUCUUAUACCUCGAGCAAUGGCAUCUUGUUCUUUCUUGUUCUUGCGCUUUCAUUAGCCUAUGGAAUCCACAAGACUCUUGACAGCUUCAGGGGGUGGGCCUUGCGCAUCACUUUCCAUUAGCAGCGGUAUAUUCGGCAGACUCAGGGUGGGCUGUAUGUGUCCCCAUAGUUCUUUUAGUUGCCUUAUUUAACAAUUGAUGGAAGAUCGCUG